UGAUCUUGGCCAUUCAGCAGUCGGCAGGAGCAACUAUGAUUUUUCUGCAAGUAGCCAACUCGAGCCUGAGCCCGCCACCAACUCCCCUGCAUCACAUCAUUCCCUUUGUCGAAGUCUAUCAUCUGGAGUCUCUAGCCUCUCCUCCUCCAUUCCUUCCCUAUGAAGCUUGUUCCCUCUGAAGUCAAUCCUCCGUGCCGUGUCGAAUGAGCACCGCGUUGGGACAGAGACGGCCAGUGCCUUGAGUCUUUGUCGGAGUCAAUGAUCGGUAGUCUCAAGGCCUCUCCUUCUCCAUUCCUUCCCCUAAAAACUGAAGCUUGUUCCCUCUGAAAGCCUAACAGCAAUCAAUGGCGGGGCGAGGAGAGGAGUCCGAAGGCGGCGGGGUGCCGGAGGACUGCAUCUCGCACGUGCUCUCCCUCACGACUCCUCGUGAUUCGUGCCGGGCGGCGCUCGUCUCGGCCGCCUUCCGCUCCGCGGCGAGUUCCGACGCUGUGUGGGAGCGGUUCCUGCCGUCCGAUUACCAGUCGAUCCUGUCCCGGGCCGUUGAACCGGUCGAGUACUCUUCGAAGAGGGAACUCUAUUUCCGCCUCUGCGACUCCAUUCUCGUCGAUGGCGGCAGGCUGUGCUUUCAAUUGGAGAGAUCAACUGGAGGUAAAUGCUACAUGAUAUGUCCAAGAAGCAUGAGAAUUAUAUGGGGUGACGAACCUCGAUAUUGGAGUUGGAUCUCUCUGCCUGAGUCAAGGUUUGCAGAAGUGGCUAGGCUUCAAUUUGUUUGUUGGUUUGAUAUAGGCGGCAGGAUUGACUGUCGACUACUCUCUCCUAGAACAACCUAUGCUGCUUAUCUCGUCUUCAAAUUGGACUCCUGGUCAUCUGGACUUGGUCCGCCUCCCCACUUGGCAUCAGUGAAGCUAGGAGCUUAUGCCUCGGAGUUCAAUAUCUGUUUGGAAGAUCAUGAUGACAGAGAUGAGGAGGAGGAGGAGGAGGAGGAAGGUCGGCGGCAACGGCAGCGGCGGCGCUUGAGGGAUGAUGGGUGGAUGGAGAUCGAGUUAGGGGUGUUUUAUAACGAUGAAGGGGACGACGGUGAUGUUGAAAUGAGUUUGAUGGAGGUGAAAGCGUUGAAUUCGAAGCAUGGGCUUAUCGUCCAGGGCCUCGAAGUAAGGCCCAAAAUUUGACUUAAUUAGAUGCUGUUGUGAUUGUUUCUACUGCUUCAUACUCUGAAAAAAAACUAUUUCUUGUUGCUUCA